UAUAAAUUAAGUGGUAAAAGUUAAGACAAAUGCAAAUGUUACAGUGAGGACAGAUAGAAGACUUAAAGUGGAAGGUUUGCAAUGGGUACAGCGGGUAUUAACUUUUUGUUAAUAACACUCUGUUUUGCGAGUGGUAACUCCCUAACAAUGGAAAGAGUUGAUGCAGCAGGCCAUGCAAAUGUCACAUCAUACUGUCGUAUGCCUCAACCAUGUAAUGUGGAUGGCUUUAAUGAUUGGUUCAAAGUGGACAAAGACUGUGUAAAAUACUUCAACAUGCCUCUCAGCUUCUCUGAGGCUGAGUUCAGCUGUAGAAGAAGAGCCCCUGGUGGACACCUGAUGUCACUGCAUAAUAAAAAAGCUAAUGAUGAUUUACUCUGCAUUGUGAAGAAGUUAAACCCAAAAAACCUGCGCAUUUGGCUUGGGGGCUAUGAAUUUUUUCAGUCUGGCAAAUUUCUUUGGACUGAUGGUUCCUACUGGGACUAUCAAAUUUGGACACCUGGUGAGCCCAACCACGUCUUCACUAACACAGAGGAAUGCGUGGAGAUGAACUGGAAACACAUUGGCAAGUGGAAUGAUGAUUCUUGUGUGGUUAAGAAAAACUACAUAUGUGCCUUCAAGCGUAAACGCCAGUUUGAAGAGUAGACCGAACUGUUUUAUCUGGGUAUUAUCCCAUAAAACUGUUUGCAUAUAAUUUUCUCCAUUGCAU